GGAGGCUGAGCUUCCGCCACUUUGCCAUCCGGGCGGCUUGUUUAUCCAGCCAGGUCUCUUCCCUUCCAGCCCUACCUGUCUCUUUUCCCCUCGCCCCCCUCCUCCUUUUUGUUUUGUUUCCUUCCUCCCCAUUUUCCCCCGGAUCUCGGAUUGCUACCCAAAGGCAGUCAUGGAUUACGGAGGCGCGCCUCGGGUCUUCGCCCUGCCAAGCUUGCAGCCAAAUGGGUUCGGGACAAUGGAGGGACACCUACAGUACACCUCGCUGUUUUCUCCCACGGAAGCUGAAGAACCCCCGGAAAGUGUUGCAGACAAAAUUCAAGAAAAAGCGCCUUUGGGGUGGCACCGAGGGGACGGAGCCAGGCCCGGUGGUCAAUGUUAUUUGAGCGGGGCCCCGAGGCCUUGGCAACCUCCGAGCCCAAGAUGCAGAAGGCCGCCUACUACGACAAUGCGGCGCUCUUCGGCGGCUACGGCGGCUAUGGCAAAGCGGAGGCCUAUGGCUACCCCUCGGGGCCCCCGCCGCCCCCACCGCCCUAUGCCCAGCCUUCUCUGGAGACCGACUACCCGGGAUCGGCUUGCUCCCUCCAAGGCCCCGCCGCCCCGCUCCGGGCCCCGACCCACAAGAGUCCCGACCUCAGCGGAGGCAGCUGCAUGCGACCCGUCGGGGAGCCUCAGCAGCAGCAGCAGCAACAGCCACAAUCAACACAACAGCAACCACAACCACAACCAACGCAACAGCAGCAGCAGCAGCACCAACAGCACCACCCGCCUUCGCCCUCGCCGCCGGCCAACAACGUGGUGCCCGCCAAGAAGGGCAAAGGGGGUGGCAACGCCACUGGGGGCUCCUCGGGGGGCACCAUCAGCAAACAGAUCUUCCCCUGGAUGAAGGAGUCCCGUCAGAACUCCAAGCAGAAGAACAACUGCGCCCCCGCAGGCGGGGAGAGCUGCGAGGACAAGAGCCCGCCGGGCCCGGCCUCCAAGCGGGUCCGCACGGCCUACACGAGCGCGCAGCUGGUGGAGCUGGAGAAGGAGUUCCACUUCAACCGCUACCUCUGCCGCCCGCGCCGCGUGGAGAUGGCCAACCUGCUCAACCUGACCGAGCGGCAGAUCAAGAUCUGGUUCCAGAACCGGCGCAUGAAGUACAAGAAGGACCAGAAGGCCAAGGGCAUCCUGCACUCGCCGGUGGGACAGUCCCCGGACCGGAGCCCGCCGCUGAGCGGGGCCAGCCACGUGGGCUACGCCGGGCAGCUGCCCUCGGUGGCCGGCCUGGGCUACGACGCGCCCUCGCCCACCUCCUCCUUCGCCAAGGCCCAGCAGAGCAUGUACGGCCUGGCCGCCUACACCGCCCCGCUCAGCAGCUGCCUGCCCCAGCAGCAAAAGCGGUACCCGGGGGCCGCCGCCGACUACGACCCCCACGCCCUGCAGGGGGGCAACGGGGGCUUCGGCAACCCCAGCCUCCAGGGCAGCCCGGUCUACGUCGGGGGCAACUUCGUGGACUCCAUGCCGGCCUCCGGGCCCAUGUUCAACCUCAGCCACCUCUCCCACCCCUCCUCGGCCAGCGUGGACUACAGCUGCGCGGCCCAGAUCCCCGGCAACCACCACCACGGACCCUGCGACCCCCACCCCACCUACACAGACCUGACUUCGCACCACACUUCUCAGGGAAGGAUCCAGGAAGCCCCCAAACUCACCGCAUCGGUAUGAGACCCAUUCAUACACAGAGAGAGAGAGAGAGGAGAGAUUGAGACUGCGACUGAGACUGAAAAUGAAAAUGUACUGGCGUUUAAUUACCUCACUUUCCCCCAACACUAUCAUUACUUUGAGUCUCUGAGUAGCAGUGGAUUUUAUUUAUUAUUAUUAUUAUUAUUAUUAUUAUUAUUAUUUGGUUGGGAAUGUCCCCCAGCAACACCUACACGAUUUCAUCCUGUUUUCUUUCUUUUUGGCAACUAGUCCUCAUAGAAACGAUUUGCCUUUUGUUCUCUCUUCCCCCCCCCCGCCCCCAGUCUAAAAGCAUAACAGUGCAAUAUCCCUUUAAAAUAAUAAAUACAAAUAAAUAAAACGUGCCCUCAAGGGAGGCAUAACUGGUCAUGAUUUACAGGAGAGAAGGUAAGUCGGAGAAAUCCAUUACAGUAGUUGAAAGUAUGAGUUGAAAGGGAGUCCCGAUGAGGAGGAGUUUACAUCGGUUAGGACCCAAAAAUAGGGACUUGGUUCUGGAAGCGUUAAUUUAUAAGGACCUUCAGCGAUGCAAAAGGUUGCUUUGGACUUUAAAAAGAUAUAUUUAUUAUUUUUUAAAAGAUGAACUCUUCUCUUUUUUAUUUUUUUGGUUGGUAUCAUCGAUUAUUUAAUCCUCGUCUUCAAUGUAUUUAUGUGGAUAUUUGUAGAAUUUCUUCAUGCCUCCCUCUUCCCUUAAUUUUGGAAGAUUGAUUCAGGUCUUUGGUGACUUUACAUCCCCCCCCCACCUAUUUAGUAUAUUUGAUCAGAAAUAGAAAGAGUAGUUUUGAACAGUUGUAACAGUGGCUGGUGUUUGUAGUUUAUGUAAGGAUGAAGCAAAUUGUAAGUCAAGUCAUAGAUUAAUACAGAACAGAUGGAUUAUCGCAAAAGAGCCCUUACUUUUUAUAUUAAAAACAAAAACAAAAACAAAGCACCCUUAAAAUGAUGUAAUGUUAAUUUAUUUCAGAUGGUUUGGUGUCACUUUACUUAGAAGUAAACAGGACCUUCUUUAGACUGGAAGUGUAUAUUAUUUACUAUUUCCUGGGUUGACACCACAGGGUUAUUUUGAAUUUUGCCUAAACUCCAUUUAGUACACUUCUGGCGUUAAAUUAUAGUCCUACAGAGGGUCAUUCAGAAGUAAGACCCAUUUGAGACUUACUCUCAGGAAGAUGCAACCAGGAUUGCAGGCUUACUAUCUGUUGUGCAAGCCAUCUUGUCUGCUUGUUGUCACUUUCUUCCCAUUUGGAAACAAUGUCAGACAAAAAACGAUUAAACAAUGUAAUCUUGUUGAUGUAAUUAGGAUCCAUACCAAGGCAGGCUUACAAAAAUAUGUCAAUUUCUGUUGUUAUUGUUAUUCUUGUUGUUAUUCUUGUUAUGAUUAUGAUUAUUAUUAUUUAUAUGAUAUUUAUGCUUACCAUAAAUCAGUUUUCUAUAUGUCACUGGAAACCCAAACUCACUUUUGCUGAAUGAGGAGGGGAAACACAACAGAAGAAGAAGAGGAAGAAGAAAACACUUUGAAUGAAAUAUUUGACAAUCAAGUAUCUACAAAGGAAAGACUGCAUUAGGCUGCAGGAGAAGAAAUCCUCUUGAAAUGCUCAGAAUGGCUUUUUGAGGUAGGAAAUGACUAGAUCUAUCAAUAUUUAAUAUAGUCCUCUGUAGCAGACAUCGGUACAAUCCUUGUGUAAACAAAUGUUCCUGCCCCAGAGCCUGAAAGGGACAAGAAACACAAACAUCCCUUUCCCUCGCCCACUCUUCCGCCUCUUUAUUUAUAUGUACCGUUUAAUCUCUUAACGGAUUUAUGAAGCUUUUCUCAACCUAAAAGUGGCAUUAGGUACAUGGCAAAAGCGAUACGCGCCCAUUAAUUCAGGAGGAAGUGUUCCUUAUCGCUUUGAAAAGCCUUCAGUUAAGAUUCAGAUCUCCUCAAUCCCAGCUACAGAACUGUAAC